CAGGGUUUUGGCAUCUGAGGUCUGAGUGAGCGGGUCAGGCAAAAAUGGCGAUGACGCAAUGGUGUCUGGUGGCGAGAAGACUGUUGGCGGCGGAACGAUCGAUAAGUUUUUCCUCUCUCUCGACGCCAACUUCAACGGCGGUGGCGCCAAUUCUCUGCGGACGAGGCGAUAAGAAGACGAAGAAAGGGAAGAUCUUUAAGGGUUCAUACGGAAACUCGAGGCCGAAGAAGGAAAAGAAGAUCGAAAGAAUCAAGGAUAAGGUAGAAGUCCCCAGGUCUACACCUUGGCCUCUCCCCUUCAAACUCAUAUAAUGAUUGGAGAUUGCAACUUUACCUUCUCAUUGUUCAUGUUUCUCUAUAACAAUGUGCGUUGUCACUUUUGAUUUCUCACUUUUCAUGAUAAUGGAUACUGAGAUAGAUCAUGUACAUUGGAUUUGGGAUCUUUAGUGAAGACUUAUUCACACUCUCAUGAUUAUUGGUUGAAAAUUAUUGUCUUUUUGUGUGUUAUUGAAUAAAAUGUUAGGUUCAUAUCUUA